CCCCGACCUCGGCAGGGUUUUUAAACACUAUCUUUAAUUAAACAGUACAGUGGACGAUGGGAGUAGCAGCCAUGCCCAGCGGAUGCAGCAUCAGAGCAAUCUGGAUUCUCAACAACCUCGACGCCGUCGUUUUCUCCCGGAGAUUUCCGGUGGUAGAGAAACGUUGGCGAGCUGCUUGCAACACCGCUAGUGAAAACGAUCAAGUGUUCUCUUCCUUACCCACUGACUCUGACCUUGCUGAUGCUUUUGUCGACAGGAAACAUCGGGAUGGAUCUGCACAAGGGUUUGGCUUACGCAAAAGUCAAUCAUCUCCGGGAUCAGAUUCUUGGGUUGAUGAUCCCAUUACUCGUCAUAUGAUAGGUCUUUACAUUAACAAAGAAGAGGAGGAACAUAAGAAUCUUUUGUGGCCUUUAAUCUUGCACAUAAAGGGUAAUUACAGCAUACUUGUUCUGCCAUUGGUUGAGCCUAAGCAUUUAAAGGCGUAUGCAAGGUUAUGUAAAAGACCUGAUUGUGGAAGUGCUCUUGGUCUGGAUGAUGGUUUGUCUUCCCUCUUACUGGAUCUACCAUCGAUAACAGGGGCAUUUAUGAUAGCACGUGCCAUUGGUGACAUAAUUACUGGCGACACAGUAGAACCUGAAGUGAUUGUAAAUGCAGGUCCCUCUGUUGGAGGGCUGUUUGAUUCACUAACUGGUAGUAUAGGCAUCUCUACCAGGGCGAAACCUGUAGCUCCAUCAGUUGCUUCUUCCUCCCCUUCGAGUGCAUCUGUACCAGGAUCAGUUACAGCAGAUACUCCAAAAAUUGGGUCUAGGCCUUUGGAUAAAGAUGCACUCAGAACAUUUAUCAGUAGUUCAAUGCCGUUUGGCACACCCUUGGACCUUAAUUAUUCCAAUAUUUUUACUAUCAAGGUCAAUGGCUUUUCUGCAUCAGAUUUGCCUCCUGCAGACCAGAAGCAACCAGCUUGGAAGCCAUAUCUAUACAAAGGAAAGCAGAGAAUGCUGUUUACAAUUCAUGAGAUUGUUCAUGCAGCUCUGUACGAUAGAGAUGAGAUUCCAGAUACUAUAUCAGUUUCUGGUCAAAUAAAUUGUCGAGCUGAUCUGGAAGGGUUGCCAGAUGUGUCAUUUCCCUUGGCAGGAUUGAACACAGCAAACCUUGAGGUUUCAUCAUAUCAUCCUUGUGCUCAAGUUUCAGAUCAAGGUUUGGAUAAGCAGGGUGUGAUGUUUUCUCCACCAUUAGGUAAUUUUGCGUUGAUGCGUUAUCAGGCAACUUGUGCCCUUGGACCUCCUGUAAAAGGAUUCUAUCAGUUGUCAAUGGUUUCUGAGGAUAAAGGUGCAUUUUUAUUCAAGUUGCAUCUAAUGGAAGGUUAUAAGGCUCCUUUGACAAUGGAGUUCUGUACUGUUACUAUGCCCUUUCCUAGGAGGAGGAUUAUAUCUUUGGAUGGGACUCCUUCCGUGGGAACAGUUUCAACUUCAGAGCACUCUGUUGAAUGGAAAAUUGUGACAAGUGGACGGGGACUGACAGGAAAAAGUAUUGAAGUGACUUUCCCAGGAACUGUCAAGUUUGCACCAUGGCAAAUCCAAAGGAUGUCUUCCUCUAGGUCAUCCUUUGGAAUCGUUGAUGAUGAGGAUAGUGAUAAUGAGGCAGAAAAUGCUGGAAACAUGGUUAAUGAAGAACAUUUAAUGGAGAAAAUGAACAAGGAUCUUCCUCCAGUUGAUCUAGAAGAGCCAUUUUGCUGGCAGGCAUACAAUUAUGCUAAAGUAUCGUUCAAGAUUGUUGGGGCAUCAGUAUCUGGAAUUGCCGUUGAUCCUAAAACUGUGAGCAUCUAUCCAGCUGUAAAAGCACCUGUAGAGUUUUCAACCCAGGUUACUUCUGGGGACUAUAUUUUGUGGAAUACUCUUGGUAAGUGUCCACAUGUUGCGGCUGUAAAGGUGUAAGUAUGAAUUGUCACUGGUGGAUAUCUGAAUGUCGCGGACACCAUGAGAUGUGUGAUGGAAACUAUGAAAUGAUCUUUUAUAUUUCUUUGCUGAGUUGUGGGGAGACACAGACGAUUGAAUCCUGCUAACGAGUGUCAAAUGAGAAAGAAAUAAAUACUUUUUGAUUUGUGAAUAUAUUAAAUUUUUUAUUUUUAUUUAAUAGAGUUUAUAUUUUUUUCCUUAACCAGUACCUUAAUAGCAAACGCUGGCAAAUUCAUUUUUAUUAUUUCAUUUGAGGCAUUUAUGUUUCUAACUUUGGAGAUGAAAUUUAAGUGUGCAAGUGGGAGUCUCAUGUUAGCUAAAAAUGAAUCAAGUAAAGAUAAUACAAAUGGAAAUGAUUCGUAAACACACUGCUUUAAAAAUUUUGGGUUUAGAUAUAGUGUUAAAUUUAUUUAUUUUGGUAGGGUUUCUAGGUAAACCAGGAGACAAAAUAUUAUGAGAAUUUUGUGUUGAUGGUAGAGAGAACAUGUGAGAUAUUAAAGAGAACGUUUGGGGAUCAAAUGUUUUUUUUUGUUUUUAUUAGUUAUUUAGGUUAUAUCUUAUAUGAUUAAUCUUCUUAACAGUCAAAUUUCAAUCAACAAUAAAUUGAGUGUGUCUUGCACUCAUGCUAACACAUCCAAUGAACAAAAACAAU